AUGUGGUACGCCUACCGCAUGGACAUCGAGGCCUUUGGCAAAAGGCCCGACAUGAUCGCACCCGAUUGUCUCGGCACCGUCCCCGACGGGACCUGCUACUUCGACGAAUUCGUCGACUACCUACAAAGAGACGGCAAACACCUGGACGCGGGCCAAAAGACCUCGGCCGGCAAGUACUUCUGGCCCGACGCCGUCGUCAUGGCCAAGGAGCUCGGCACCCUCAAGUCCAACGGCGCCGACUUUGUCCCGAACCAGGACCCCCAGAAGAUCUUCAAGGCGGGCACCUUCACCAAUCCCAACCCGCGCCUCAGCGAUAUCUUGGAGCUCAUCACGGAUAGGAUCCAGGCUGCCCGUGUGAAGCUGGGUGAUGACGCCCUCUCCGAUGGCCUCUUUGAGGCCCGCACGGCCAUGACGGGCGUGCAUGAGGCCCGUCUCGCGGAUAACGGCCAGGGCUUGAUUGAUACGAUCAAUGACUACCUGAGGGACGUGAAGGGGUCCUCGACCACGGUGGAGACUAAGACCCCGACGGCGCUGGACGGGUCGACGUACCUCGAUGUCGACGUCGACAAGACAAAGGCCAAAGACCCGGCAUUUGCAGGGCACUGGGCCGACUUCCAGCAGUGGCUGGGGCAGCAGAAGAGGACCAACAAGACGAAGCUGGGUCAGGUCCGGAUGCAUUGGGAUGCGGCCCAGGGGGUGCAGCAGGUGGAGGCCCGUGUUUACGGGGCUAGUUCGUGCUAG